CCCGGAAGUCCCGGGGGAGGGGGUGUGACGUAUAUCCGGCGAGUAGGUGGCGGUCCCGGGUGCUUCUGGGCUCUGUGCUCUGAGGGAGGGUCCAAGCCGCCUGCCGCCGCCGGAGGAGCCCCUUAGGCCAUUCGGGGACUAAGGCUCGUUGAGGCACAGUGAAUUGCCCAAGGCCCCGCAGAUAGCAAGUUUCAUCAGUGUGACAGUUUGAUCCAGAUUAUUGAUGGGGCUGAUUUCCUAGAAGUUUUGCUAACUGGUAGACAGCAGUGGUGUAUCUAGGGAAUGCAAAUGAGCAGCUGCCUGGAGGAGUGAAUCACACAGUAAAAGAGGAAAGUAGUAAGCAUUAAUAAUGUCUUUCAUCUUUGAGUGGCUCUACAAUGGCUUCAGCAGUGUGCUCCAGUUCCUAGGACUCUACAAGAAAUCUGGAAAACUUGUAUUCUUGGGUUUGGACAAUGCAGGCAAAACCACUCUUCUACACAUGCUCAAAGAUGACAGAUUGGGCCAACAUGUUCCAACAUUACAUCCGACAUCAGAAGAGCUGACAAUUGCUGGAAUGACUUUUACAACUUUUGAUCUUGGUGGGCAUGAGCAAGCCCGUCGAGUUUGGAAAAAUUAUCUCCCUGCAAUUAAUGGGAUUGUCUUUCUGGUGGACUGUGCAGAUCAUCCUCGACUCAUGGAAUCCAAAGUUGAGCUUAAUGCUUUAAUGACUGAUGAAACAAUAUCCAACGUGCCAAUCCUUAUCUUGGGUAACAAAAUUGACAGAACAGAUGCAAUCAGUGAAGAAAAACUCCGUGAGAUAUUUGGGCUUUAUGGACAGACCACAGGAAAGGGGAAUGUGACCCUGAAGGAGCUGAACGCCCGCCCCAUGGAAGUGUUCAUGUGCAGUGUGCUCAAGAGGCAAGGCUAUGGCGAGGGCUUCCGUUGGCUCUCCCAGUAUAUUGACUGAUGUUUGGACAGUGAAAAUAAAAGAGUUUUACUUCUCUGGA